AUGGAGAAUAAAUGGCUCUAUGUGGCUGUCCUGGUGAUGGCAUGCAUGAUGCAUGGAGUAGUGGGGCAAAAUUCAACAAACACUAAUGGCCCCGCAGUAAGCAACAGCACCUUGACACAAACAAGCCCUCUCAACGUGACGGGCACCUUGACACAAACAAGCCCUCUCAACGUGACGGGCAACUUGACACAAACAAGCCCUCCCAACGUGACGGGCAACUUGACACAAACGGGCCCACUCAACGUGACGGGCAACUUGACACAAACAAGCCCUCCCAACGUGACGGGCAACUUGACACAAACAAGCCCUCCCAACGUGACGGGCAACUUGACACAAACGGGCCCACUCAACGUGACGGGCAACUUGACACAAACAAGCCCUCCCAACGUGACGGGCAACUUGACACAAACAAGCCCUCCCAACGUGACGGGCAACUUGACACAAACAAGCCCUCCCAACGUGACGGGCAACUUGACACAAACAAGCCCUCCCAACGUGACGGGCAACUUGACACAAACGGGCCCACUCACCGUGAUGGGCAACUUGACACAAACAAGCCCUACCAACGUGACGGGCAACUUGACACAAACAAGCCCUCCCAACGUGACGGGCAACUUGACACAAACAAGCCCUACCAACGUGACGGGCAACUUGACACAAACGGGCUCUCCCAGCACGACCCAGGUCAAUGUCACCAAGGCCAAAUGCAAGAAGGAUCGGGCAUGCUUUUCCACCCCUGUCAGCUGUGAUCCAUCUAUCGCCAGUAGCUGUUUUUUCGUGUCCACGAGAGCAGUGAGUGGAAAUGCAAACAACCUCACUUUUGAGCUCAGCGGAGAAUCGCGUGGUUACAUUGCAGUCAGCCUCUCUCGAGACAACAAGGAGGGUAAUGGUGACACCGUCUAUGCUUGUGCCAACAACAAUGGUACAGCGAAGUUCAUCCAGGCCACACUCAACAAUAGCAGACUGACUCAAGAUAACACUGUAAGCUCUGGAAUUUUCAGUGGCUCUGUGAGCAAAAAUAAGAUUCAGUGCAUUUUCGUAGCUCCAGGUCUCAGCUCAACCCGUGCAGCAAACACCAGCACUUUUGUCUUCUUCUUUACAGGCAACUUCACAAAUGGUACUCUGGAGUCGCCAGUCACCCAACUGUUCACAAAAACAUCAGUUGAUCCAACCAACUCUAACAGCACAGACGUUGGAAUAAUUACACCCACUACAGCAGGGGGGAGCAAUGCACUGCACCAUGCUGCAUCUCAGGCUGCUCUGGUUAUCCUCUCAGGCAUCAUCACAGUCCUCUUGUUGUAAGGAUGCUGUUUGGCUGUAUCAUUUGCUGUCAGAAAUUGGUUGAAGAGCUACAAUUGCUUAAUGAACCCAACACCAAAAUUGAGUGGCCCAUUAGAGUACUUGGACACUUGGCUGAAAUGGCUGAAUGUCACUGCAUUACAUACAAAAUAUCAAAGCAAGUGUAAUCUGCAAUAAAAUUAUUCUAGAGCUUUCUCAAAACUAACUUCAAGAUGAUCUGUACUCUAAAAAUGUGCUUCAUGUGGUAACUUUUAAAUGAACUGCUUUGAUUCAAGUCAAAAAUCACGAUUACUAUUACACCGAAUCAACCUGGAGUCUUUAGAUUACUUAAACCUCAUUUUAAGGGUUAGAGGAAGAAAUUGCUCCUUAAAGUAACAUUUGCAGGUUACCACUUUAUCUAAAAUAUCUAUCCUUUGCAUUAAAAAGUUUGUGUAAUAUAUUUCUUUAAAGUAAGUGCCUAAAUAAACUCUUUGAUAAUUUGCCAUACAAUGCAAUGACAUUCAUAUGUUUUUGUUUUAUGUAAAAAAUAUGAAAACUUUUGUAGACAUUCACAUAAUUUUAAAGGUGUGGUUUAGUGUCCAAAUACUUUUUGGAGUAACUGUAUAUAUAAUUGUGCAUAUUUAAAUUUGUGCAAUAUUGCAAUUCAGGAAACGAUGAAGAUCUGAAAAUAUGGGGAAGAAGGAGAUAUUUUAAAUAAUGAAUCUGUGAUGGAGAGAUUAUGUGUGAGCAUAUGUGUUUGUAUGUAUGUGAGUGUGUGUGUGUGUGUGUGUGUGUGUGUGUGUGUGAGAGAAAGAGAGAGAGAGAGAGAGUUAGCAUGGCUUGUAGGCUAUUCUAUAAAUAUACAGCUCCUUAAAAUGAUGCUGGCUGACAGGAAGUUACUAAAAUACACAGAAUGAAGUAUUUAAUAAUGUUUUAUAUAUCUUUAAUUUAUUUUGUAAUAGUAACUAUGAAUUCACUUUGCCUUUAAGAACUUUUAAUUUGAUAUAAAUUACAUUUAAAACAAAAUAGCAUCUAUAAAUAUUAUUAUUAUUAUUAUUAUUAUUAUUAUUAUUAUUAUUAUUUGUCAAUGUAUCCUUAUAGCUCACUUUCAUGUUACGGAGAGUGGAGGAAACUCAGUGCAUGUUGUAAAGCACAAACUGAGAUUAAUUGCUUAAAUUACCAGAAUAUUCCAGUAAUUGUAGGCAUGAUAUAGGAUAAAGGACUAGCAAUAUUUGAAAAGUAUUGUUGCCUCCCAUAAGGGAAAACAUGUUGUUGAAACCUCAUAUGUCACCUCUUUCCAUCCUUCAUGUUCUGUAAGAAGGAUUUUGGAAACCUUAUAAUCAAACUAGACAUUGUAAAUAAAGGUGAUCUACAGUGUUCUGCUCCUCUUUACUUCAUUUUCAC